CCGUGUUCAUGUUGUCAGAUUGGUAUCCUGUGCACAAAAACAACAAAGUAUACAACGGAAAGUUAUGUGAGAAAAAAUGAUUUGAAUUAUAUUUAUAUUUUUACUUGAAAUGUUAGUACUGCAAUUAUAAAAAUGAAUUUAGAAUUAUUAGAAUCGUUCGGACAAAAUUAUCCUGAGGAGUUUGAUGGAACACUUGAUUCUUUAUCCAUUGCAUUAACAUGUGCAUUCAAUAAAAGGGGCACACUUUUAGCAGUGGGUUGCAAUGAUGGACGGAUAGUGAUUUGGGAUUUUUUGACGCGAGGCAUUGCAAAAAUUAUUUCAGCCCACGUGCAUCCAGUUUGCAGUAUAAGUUGGUCAAGAAACGGCCACAAAAUUGCGUCUGCCUCGACUGAUAAUACAGUGUGUAUUUGGAAUAUUCUGUCGGGUGAAUGUGAACAGAAAUACAGGUUUCCUUGUGCAGUUUUAAAAGUACAAUUUGAACCGAGGAGUCUCGAGAGAUUACUUGUUUGUCCUAUGAAACAUGCAGCAAUUCUAGUAGAUACCAAUGGAAUACAUCAAGUAUUGCCCAUAGAUGAGGAUGGCGAUUUAAAUAUUGUCGCAUCGUUUGAUAGACGAGGCGAAUAUGUGUAUACCGGAAAUGCAAAAGGAAAAGUUUUAGUAUUAGAUUCUCAUACGUUAGAAGUUAAAGCGAGUUUUCGAAUUGUAUUGGGUAGUUCAAGUGCAACAGCUGUUCGUAGCAUUGAAUUUGCAAGAAGGGGAGAUUGCUUUCUAAUAAAUACAGCAGAUCGAGUAAUAAGAGUGUAUGACAGUAAAGAAAUUUUAACUUACGGGAAGGAUGGGGAACCAGAACCUAUACAAAAAUUGCAAGACUUAGUUAACAAAACCAUGUGGAAAAAGUGUUGUUUUUCUGGAGAUGGCGAAUAUAUAUGUGCUGGAUCAGCACGGCAACACGCCCUUUAUAUUUGGGAAAAAUCCAUCGGAAAUCUUGUAAAAAUAUUACAUGGUACAAAGGGAGAACUACUGUUAGAUGUCGCUUGGCAUCCCGUAAGGCCUAUCAUUGCCAGCAUAUCUUCAGGUGUCGUAAGUGUAUGGGCACAAAAUCAGGUAGAAAAUUGGUCAGCGUUUGCGCCCGAUUUUAAGGAAUUGGAUGAAAACGUAGAGUACGAGGAGAGAGAAAGUGAAUUUGAUCUGACCGACGAAGAUAAAUCUAUCGCAAGUGGUGGCGAUGACAAAGAAGACACUGACAUGGAGGUUGAUGUUUGCGCCAUAGAUCCAGUAGCAGCGUUUUGUAGUUCGGACGAGGAAAACGAAAAUUCGGACUGUUUGCAGUUCUUACCUAUUGCCCCCGAGAUUGAAGAUCCGGAAGACAAUUGGGCACCUACGGAUAGCAUUCUGUCGGCCUCGACCCAGGGUAACGGUCCGCCGCCGGCAAAGAAGAAGAAAUAUAAAUCGUACGAUAUAGCUCUCGAAAAUAUAUCAGACGGAGAAGUGCACCCCUUAUUAAGCAAUAAAUCUAACAAGGAUAAACAAGUGGCAGGCGGUAAGAAAGCAGCAGGACGGCCGAGAAAAUAACUGUCUCCGAAUAAAUCUGUCGCAAUCUGAUUCGUGAAUAAUAAACUAUACAUUUUUGUCAACAAUAUAUUUUUCCUACUAUUUUACAAUACUCUAUUACAUUGUAAAAAAAAGUAACAAAAAUUUAUUUGUUCAUUACAACUCAGCGCAUUUCCAAACGAUACAAUAAGAAGCCUUGGCAACGCACUUACGUGUAAAAAAUAAGUGAAACGGUCAUUUCAUUGACUAAAACCAUUCAACGUUAAAAAUAAUAAACAUUUAUUUUGAACCUCUCUUACAUGGAUAAAAAUAUAUACAUAAGAUCGUAAAGAUGUCUUGCUGUUAGGGAGCUGCAAAAUAUAAUUGAAAAAAAUGUGAAAGAAUUGCUUCGUUAAACUUCAAUUGCAGAUAGGUCCAACGAUGAAUUUUUUUUUAGACUAAUUCGUACAAUCACGUCGCGGCUUUUAUCCGAUAAGUAUACCGACACCGAGCCUAAACUGAUUUUUACUGUGAUUCAUGAGUCCGCUAAGCGCUAAAGUAAAA